ACUUAUGCUGCAUUGGCUUGUGCUUCUUCCUACCAUCAUCGCUUCUUUUGAAUUUUUAAAGAGGCGCCGAUACAGAAUAUCCAUGGCAACGGCUGGUUUGUCUCGUACCAUCUCCUUUCAACCUUCCAAUCAACCUGCCAAAACGCUACGUAAUCACGGCAUCGGGACUUUUGUCUGUUGUUAUUAUCUGUUAUUAGCAACCCGUCUUUCUUACCUAGGCCUAUAGUCACUUCCAGUUUUCAGUUGGCGUCAUUGGGCGAUUUGGACCUUCACAUUGCGACUGAGACACUCCAGUGUAGCUGACACAUCAUUCUAAUUCUGUUCAAAUUUUUUAUCAUCACCAUGUACUUGCUCAAAGUAGUGGGCGUUGUAGCCAUCACUGCAGCCAUCAAUGCUGCUUGGGGGUCAGACGUCUGUUCCUCUGUGCCCGCGCUGAACUGUUCCUGCCCGUUAGGGUGGCGACUGUGGCGGAAAGCAUGUUAUCGCGUCACUGAAUCAGAGCCUAACUGGGAGUGCAGCAAGUCAGCUUGCCGAGAGAUGGGAGGCAAGAUGGCUGCUCCUCGCUCCCUCAAGGAAAUGAAGUUUAUGGGGAAUUUGGCACGGCAGAAGGACAGCGACUACUACGUCUGGAUUGCUUGUAAUGACAUCGGGUUCGAAGGAAACUGGACGUGUGACGUCCAGGAAGAUAGCGAACCGUUCAUGGGAUGGUAUCCUGGCCAACCGGAUGACACCGAUCAUAACCAAGACUGCGCGGUAAUUGCUGCACGACAUAAUGACAGUAUGGAUGACAGUCGCUGUAGUGAAUCUCAUAAUGCCCUUUGUGUUAGUCAGGCUGCCUGCACUCCUCGCCCAAGUCAACCCCUUCGCUACUGCUUCUCUAGCGACGAUCAAGGUCACAUUGUCAACUCAGCCUGCCUCCUCGACCACGUUAUCCGUGAGUUUACUACAAAGAGCCUCACCGCCUGUGGCUCAGCCUGUGUCAACGAGGCCGGAUGUCGGUCCUUCAAUAUCAAGAAAAACGGAAAAGGGAAGAAACUUUGCCAGCUGAACAACAGCACAAGCUCCGAAGACAAGGACAACUUCAAAACCAUCGGGGAUUUCUGUAUGUACUCAGAAAUUUGCAUUCGCUAGAAUUUGACACUCUUGAAAAAGCAGUCUACAAUGCUGAACUUGAAGUGACAGAAAACAAUUUUGAUUUGGCUGUUUAUCAUAAAUUUUGUUGACUCCUGGUUGGAAAUUUGGCAAUGCUAUAACGAACACUGCGUUGCAAUUCAGUGUUAAAGGAAAAGAGAGACUGCAGGGAAAUAAUGAGAUAGAUAAGAAAUAAUUGGGUUCUCGUUUGGAGCAGAGACGGCUGAGGUUGAAAGGGAAAUAAAUGAUAUUAUUUAACCAAUGUAGAUAUUUCUUCAUCUGUCCAUCACAUCUGAAAUCAAAUGUCUGAACAUUUCUGUCGUCAUUUCCAUUCCAUCUAAUUGUUUGAUGGUGUGAAAAAAGUGCCUAAUUUUAAGAUAUAUUUCUCUGAAGCCGUCUGUUAACAACUUUUCAUUCUAUUUCUGGUGACGGAAGAAUUUUGAAGCUUUUUCGAUUUUUUUGUAAAGAUAGCUCAGAGUUACGGACUGAAUGUCAAUACGGGCACAUCUCGUUUGGUCGGUGUUAACCUUAUCAGCCCCAAGACCGUUUGGUCAUUCAUGGGUUCCUUACCACAUUUUUUCCCAUGCAAGUUCCUUUGCUUACCAGGCAAAAUUCAACAGUUUUUAGUGUAUAGCGCCGUCACCAGUCGAGAUCAUGAAAGGCAGCUCGUGCAAUGACACCUCAUUGACUAAUACUAAUGAUAUCCAAUAAGCAGAAUAUUACUUAAGUUUGUUUGGUAAAAAUCACAGGAAAGAUUCAAUACACAAUGAAUCAAGAUUCAAGAAAACCUUUAUUCCGGACUCUUAAAAAAAAUUAAGGGAGCUUGAUACAUAGAAAUUGACAAAAUGGAUAAGCGACAAUACAUCAGAAAUCUAAGAAAGUAAGUACAUUGAAAAUAGCAAUGUGGAUAUAAAUAACCUUUUACACAUACUUGUACUUAAUUAAGAGAGAUUAGAGCUUAUAAGAUAAAUAAAAGCAGUCCAUAUACAAAUGAGAACAGAAAAUAGCAUGAGGCUGUUAAAUGAGCAUAGGCUUGUAUAAACAGAACACAAAGUUAAAUUUGUACAAAUUUGUUCCAUUUUAAAAAAUUUCUUGUGGAAGUCGUAUAUUUCUUGUUGAAAGAGAAACAUGGGGAAACAUGAAUUUUGCUUAUUAUAUCCAAUCUCAUGAACAUGCGAAUACAUGCGUUGGCGCAUUGUUUUAAAUGAUGUCGAAAAGGACCACGUAACAUUAUCUUACAAACGUCGAAAUGUUUUCGGCUUAGUAAAUAUCUUUUCCUAGAUUUCUAAUUUAGUGACAAGAAAGAAUCAGUUUACAGUUUCUUCAAUAAUUCUGGAAUUACUAGUUAUGAAUUUAUCUGCUCAAGUACUUGAGUACACAGUAGUAUUCUUGCUUUCUGACACGAAUAGAACCACGCUGGAUACACGUA